AUGAACUUUCUUUGGUCCUCUCCAGAAGAAGAUGAGAUUGCGAUUCCUGGCCCCGACUCGAGUCCUCCGCUUCCUGCUGACCAGAUGGUCAGGGAUCCUUUUCGAUCGCAGAUGCUUCUCUCCACAAGGACCUCUUUUGAUGCUCCUGAUGCUCCUAUGGAAGACCCUUUGGCUGGUGGUGACAAUCAAGCCAAUCCAGACAGUGAUGACGAGGAUGAUGAUGAUGACCCAAUCGAUGACCCAAAGAAUAACAACGAUGAUGAUGAUGAUGCUUGGAGUGAGUCUCCCAGCAACUUCUCCAUUUCCAGUAUGGAUAUCGAACGCGGUAUGCGCAACAACGCUAUACAGUAUGUGGCUUUUGAGUACAUGUACAGCAAUGCAUACGACUUGGUGUAUGGCAUCUGUACGUGGCCCAGGCUCCUUCUCAGCUACUGCCUAGGCAUGUUCGGCUUCUUGCGAAAGAAGAACAACGACGCUGAUGGACCGCUGCCACCAGAGGACAACAAUCACGUGCAAGACAUGGCUGUAGCAGCUUCCCAAUCAGCCGCCAUUGGAAUAGGAGCUGGAGUCAUGGCAAGUCAGUCGGCUGCUGCGGGAGCUGGGGCAUCAUCCAUGACAGCUGCCGUCUCAGCUCUUUCCACGCCGACCAAGAUUGGCAUCAUUGUGGCGACGGCCAUCACAGUGGCUGCUACUACUGCGGGAAUUGCCGCAGGAAUCAGCAGUGGCAGCGAUAACAGCGUUGGCCCCUGCGCUAGUAGCAUUGCAGCCACUGAUGUCAAGCAAGGUGUCGUGCAAAUUGCCUUUUCGUCACCAUACACAAAGGGUAAUACUGACACACCUUCCACCAGUGAAUUGCUUAUAGAGAACAAAGAAGAACUGGAAGAUACUUUUGCCCAAAUCUACGACAAUGUCACUGCGAAUUCCACAGACCGUGCCCACAUUGAUCAAUGCGAUAUUCCCCGUAUUCCAACUGGUGGUGUCCAGCUGAUGCAGGUUGAGUCGUCUGAAGAGGACAAUUUUACCAAUACCUUUUGGGUUGCCGAUGUUCAGUGCAAUGGAUGCUCCGACACAGACCCACUUUUUGGAACCAACACACAAGGGAGUCCCCAACUUGAUCCUGGGAGGGCUGUUGAUGAUUUUAUCGACCAGUUUACUCGAGCAAUACAACCCAUUCUGACUACAAAUGACCAAACACAAGAAACUGACCCAAUGACCAGCCCACCACAGCCGGAACAAGAAGAUGCGCCCAUAGACAUUUUGCUUGUGGCACUGGUGGAUCCCUCGACAGGAGAGAGACUCCCAGAACAGCCUCAACAGUUGGGACCUGGUGAUAUGAUUGAGCUGAUUCCGAGGUUAGACACAGUUUGGAAUGAAAACCCAACCACUUCCAGCACAGGGCCGCCUACUGCUUCAGAUGCCAAUCUUCCUACCAAAACUACCAGCACAGAGUCAAGCCUUACCCCAACUGUAGCAGCAGCCACAACCACUGGAAGCACAGAAUCAACUUCCAACAACGAGCUGCCCAAUGUCCCAUCAGCUGUAGGAAGUCCUAGUGGAGUGUCCAAUCAGGGAUCAACUGGAUCAACUGGUCCAACAGGUGUUUCUGGCCCGGCCAGUUCUGUUGCCACCAACCCCAUUGCUACCAAAAACCCAAGUGGCAAUGCUGGCACUUUUGCUCCUGCAGCAACAAGCCCCUCAUUCUCGAUGGCCAAUAAAGAUCAAGUUACAACCAAUGGCAACCAGCAGCAAGAACAAGGGCCAAGCUACGAACCAAACUCUAUAGCACCACCUCCAGCAAGCAUCAAUCCCAUGUUGCCAUCCAUUGUGAAACCAGCGUCAACACCAGCCAAUGGCAAUACAGCACCAAGUGUGGCUCAGCCAAUGGCUCCUUCUAAUGUGGACCAGACAAACACCCCACCUGCAGCUAGUGUGCCAGCAAUCCCCAACCCCCCAGCCAUUCUCCCAACGGCUGGUGCUGUUCCUCAGUCACUAAAACAGGCUCCAUCGCCAGCAGGCAUUGCCAGCGCGCCAUCUAGUAGCAGAGACCCAGUCAGCCCGAGUGCUGACGUGUCAGCUCCGGGAGCACUUUCAAAUUUGCCUCCACAAGUAACAGCCCAUUCUCCAACAACUCUUGGAACACCCACAAAAGUUACAUCCACAUCGGUGCCAACAAGAGAGAUGCUGUCACCAGAGACAUGUGCUGGGCAACCCUAA